GAGAAACAAAUCACUUGAUCUGUUCGCUCCUCUGGACAUCACUAUAUACAGCCUUCUGGUCACCAGGAGGCAGAUGUAGCUGUCAGCAGUGAGGGACAUGAAGAGUAUUUCAAACUAAGCUGUCUAGAAUCAGACUACUUAGGCAAGUUCCUUUUACUUUCACUUUGCAUUCACUUGGCCCCAGUCACCACAGGAAACUCUCCUCUAGGGGCGACCUCUGAUUUUCAAUUUUGAGCUCUAAGCUGCUUAAUGAAUUGUGAAAACGCCUAAAUCUAUCCAAACAAACGGUCUAUAUUUGUGUGCUGUACCUUAAAUGGCAAGAUAAGAGGUCAGAAUACAACCUCCUCCAUCUCCCACCACGCUGGCUCCGCCCCCGCUCCGCUCCCGCCCAGGAGGGAGCCUGUAAGUCUGCAGGGUGGGGAACCUGGGGUCCGGAGCCGAAGGCAAGGCGGCAGCUGGUCAAACAUAAACCAUUGGGAUCCAGCGAUUUAGCUCCCAGGGCGGUGACUGGAGGACUGCAUUGGCGCUGAAAGUGCUGCUGGUCUCAGGCCCUCCACCAUGGACGCUCUUUCCGAAGCAAAUGGCACUUUUGCCUUUCACCUUUUGAAGAGCCUUUGCCAAGACAACCCUUCACACAACGUGUUUUUUUCUCCUUUGAGCAUCUCCUCUGCCCUGGCCAUGGUCUUCCUGGGAGCAAAAGGAAACACUGCUGCCCAGAUGUCCCAGGCGCUUUUUUUAAACACAGAGAAAAAUAUCCAUCAGAGUUUCCAGUCACUUCUUACUCAAGUGAAUAAACCUGGUGCCCAGUACUUGCUUAGAACAGCCAACCGGCUGUUUGGAGAAAAAACUUGCCAAUUCCUUUCUACCUUUAAGGAUUCCUGUCUUCAGUUCUACCAUACUGAACUGGAACAACUUUCUUUUGCCAAAGCUGAAGAGUCCAGGGACCAUAUCAAUGAUUGGGUGUCCAAACAGACUGAAGGUAAAAUUCAAGAGCUGCUGACCAAAAAUUCAAUUAAUGCCCAGACCAGGCUGGUUCUCAUCAAUGCUAUCUACUUCAAAGGGAAGUGGAAUGAACAGUUUGAUGAAAGAUACACAGAAGAAAUGCCUUUUAAAAUAAACCAGAAGGAGCAAAGACCAGUGCAGAUGAUGUUUCAGGAGGCGACAUUUCAACUGAACUACGUAAAGGAGGUGCAUGCCCAGGUCCUGGAGCUGCCCUACGUGGAUGGAGAACUGAGCAUGAUCAUCCUGCUUCCUGAUGACAAUGUGGAUCUGAACUCGGUAGAAAAACAUCUCACUUUUGAAAAAUUCAUAGCCUGGACCAAGCCAAGCUGCAUGCGAAAUAUUGAAAUAGAAGUUCUUCUUCCAAGAUUUAAACUGGAAGAAGAUUACGACAUGGAAUCCGUGCUCCAACAUUUGGGAAUAGUUGAUGCCUUUCAUCAGGACCAGGCUAACUUUUCGGCCAUGACAUCUGAAAGACAACUGUGUCUGUCCAAGUUUGUGCACAAGAGUUUUGUGGAGGUGAAUGAGGAAGGUACAGAGGCUGUGGCUGCUUCAGCUGUGGUGGUUGUAGAAUGCAGCUUGAAGAUUGGGCCAAGGUUCUGUGCCGACCAUCCUUUCCUUUUCUUCAUUAGGCACAAUAAGGCCAACAGCAUUCUGUUCUGUGGUAGGUUUUGCUCUCCAUAAAGGGAGGAAGGGUGUGUGAGCAUUUCUCUCACCCUGUGACUCCGUGAGGAUAGGCUGAGUGCAAAGGCAAAGACAGAUGCCUCAUCCGUGUGAAUAAUUGACUAGUGCAAUUCCACAUUCAGUGCUCCCCCUACUGACUACUCUUCCGUGCUACUUAAUUAAGAUCCCAGGACCCCCCCCAGGGAAAGUCCCAUGGUACCAGAGAAAGCUCCUCUCCUGUGGUAUCUCGCCCUCUGUUUGUCUUUCUCUCUUGGUCUGUCUAAGUAAAACACUGUUCCUGAGCAGUGAAGUCACACCUGCAGUAAGGCUAGAAUAAUACAGUAUUGACUUAGGGCUUGAUGCCUGUACUGAAGAAUUCUUUGUCAGAACCAACAAGAUAGUUCACCGAAUGAUAGUUCACUACUAUGUGUAUAUGAUAUAUUUAUGCAUAUGGAAUGACAGGAAAAGACUUGAAAAGUGUACAUAUCUGUUAUAUCUGUAAGACAGGCGUGAAUAUGAGGAAGAAGGAGCAAACAUCAACCUUUACACUUUCGGUAGUUUCAUAGUAUUUAUUAUAUCAUUCUUAACUGGGACAUCUAACCCUGAAGUCUGUACAAAAUAUAAAGAAAAAAACAUAGUAUACAAACAUAUGUAAUACUGUGUGAUAAAAUAUUAAACUUAAAAUAAAAUAUGAAAUGAAAUUUUUUU